AUGAAGCCCGGCGCGGAUGGGCAGGACUUCGAGUUUAACGUGGCAUCCUCGAGGGUUCGGAUCACCGCGGAUGGAAACCACGUGCUGGCCACCGGCAUCUACGCGCCGGAGCUGCGGAUCUUUGACCUCAAGGAGUUGGGCAUGAAAUGUUUUCGUGGCCUCGACUCCGAGGCCGUGGACGUCUUGCCCCUGUCGGAAGACUGGAAGAAGCUGGUUCUGCUGAUGGAUGACCGCACGCUGGAGUUCCAUUCCCAGUACGGCCGUCAUCACCGCCUGCGCAUUCCAAAGUGUGGGCGGAGCCUCAGCUACGAGAGCGAGUCCUGCACGCUCUUCGUGGGAGGCUCCUCCUCAUCCCUCUACAGGCUGGACCUGGAGGCUGGGACCUUCCUGGCGCCUUUAGACUCCAAGGACCUCAGCGAGGUGAACGACGUGGCGGUGCACCCCAGGCUGCCGGUUCUGAGCUGCUGCGGAGACAAUGGCUUUGUCGAGUCCUGGGACCUCCGAGCUGAAAAGCCUUUGCAGUCUCUCAAGGUGGACAGCGAUUCUUCGGUGCAGGUCACCAAGUGCGCCUACUCCGGGAACGGCAUGUUCUUCGCCGCGGGCACGUCAGAGGGCCUCGUGCGCGUAUACGACCUCAGAAGCAGUCGUCCAAUAGCGGAGCGAGAUCAUAUGAUGAACGACUAUGCCAUCUCCUCUCUGUGCUUUCAUAGCCGGGGUCCCGAAUCUUCGGACUUGCUGGUUGCCUCAGCGGACAAGAAGUCCAUCAAGAUUUGGGGGGCGACCAACGGCCGCAUCGCAGCAUCCAUGGAGUCGCCCGCCGUCGUCAAUCAGAUCGCCUUCUACCCCAACUCUGGGAUGCUCUUCGCAGCCAAUGACACGCAGCGACUUUGGUCUACUUCGUGCCCAGCAUCGGCCUUGCGCCGCCGUGGUGCUCCUUCUUGGACAAUAUCACUGAGGAGCUGGAGGAAAGCAGACAGAAGACUGUCUUCGAGGACUUCCAGUUUGUGA